CCCAAACAACAACUACUUCGAUUGCUCAACAAUCAUACUCGCAUAGGUCCUUUCGUCAAUCUUGCCGGAUAUAAGGCAAGAGAGUCGAGAAAACAAUAUGGCAACGAUCAGAAUUGACGGAUCCUGUGGAGAGGGAGGAGGGCAGAUCAUUCGGAAUGCCAGCGCCUUUGCAUCAAUCCUGGGGAAAAAUAUUAAAAUUGUCAACAUUAGGGCUGGACGAAAAACACCGGGGCUGCGACCCCAACACCUCGUAGGAUUGAGACUCCUCGCAGCGGCCUCGGGUGCUUCAUUAUCACAAGGCAAUUUUGUUGGCUCCACCGAAAUCGUCUUUCUCGCCAACAGUGCCAAUGCUGUUAGUAAUGAUGAUAAGCGAGAGUACGUUGGUGACACCCAAACGGCCGGAUCGAUCUGCCUGUUGAUGCAGACCGUAUUGCCAUUUGCACUAUUCCGCGGGAUUGUGCGCAAUACAAAUUUUAGUACCAGAAAUAUCGACGAGAACAAAGAAAAAUCGUUGCUACAAUUUGUGCUGAAGGGAGGCACGGACACUGAUUUUGCCCCUUCAGUGGAUUAUUUUCAACAUGUUUUCCUUCCCAUUUUUAAUAACUCUUUUGACUUAGCACCAACCGAAAGUUGUGAGAAAGGCGACAAAGAUGGAACCAUGAAGACUCAAAUUGACCUUUCUGUAAUACGAAGGGGAUUUUUUCCUCGGGGAGGAGGCGAGGUCCACGCAACGAUCCAUCGUCCAAUUUUGAAAAAAUUUCCUUUGCCUCCGAUUCGAUUGACGAAGAGGGGGGAAAUUGUCGGGAUCACGAUCCGAGCUUUUUCGGCUGGAAAUUGCCCACUUUCUAUGGCAAGAGCAUUGUCUUCCACCGCAGAGGCCACAUUAUCUUCCACUCCUUCUUGUCGGGAAGUUCCUAUAAGCAUAGAACUUUUUGACGAAUCGUUAUCCACGCUACCUUUGAUGUCGAUCGAUCGAACUGAAGGUAACAGAAGCAAUGGUGAAAGAAGAGGGACCAAGAGGCGAAGGCAUUUGAGCAGUGGAUGUGGAAUUUUGAUUAUAGCCGAAACCAACACGGGUUGUCUCCUUGCGGGAUCUUCCAUUGGAUCUCCAAAGAUUCCACUCGAGGAAACCUCGAAGUUAGCUGCACAGCAAGUAAUUGAUGCAAUCGAAGGUGGUGGUUGUGUCGAUAAUUUCCUUCAGGACCAAUUGAUAUUGUACAUGGCUUUGGCGGAGGGUGUCUCGGAACUCGUAACGAGUUGUUUGACAUUGCACACUCGCACUUCCAUUUGGUUGGCGUCGCUGAUGCUCCCGUCGGUUCGUUUCCAGGUAACACAACUAGAAGCCAGCGACGACCAGGGCGAACGACGUCGACCUGAUGAGAACGAGAAUAUUUUGAACCGGAACGUUGCUGGGACAAUCCCUGGAGGCCAUUUGAUUCGUUGCUGGGGGAUCGGAUUUUGUCCAGAGGACAAAUCAUAGCAAAGAUGAACUUAGGAUUCGCUAGACUUUCAGUGUUGAUUAAAUUUGAAAUUGAAUA